UGGGAGCCAAAGGGGGAAGCAGCGUUGAGCAGAGGCAUUAGUGUCUGGGACAGAGCUCCACUAAGCUAGACAAGUGGGAUCCCUUCACACUGGAUGGAUCUUUUUUUAAGAGGAUCACAAGGGACCAUGGAGAGGACUAAAAACAGCAACCUUAGACCUGUCUGCUCCUGGGUAUCAUUGGGACUUUGGGGAUUUGUAGUUUUGUCUGUCUGUGUGCACAGGGUCUGCAGCCAGGAAUCAGCAGGUGCAGGCACUGGAUUCAGUCUUCAGCCUCCUUAUUUUAACCUGGCAGAGGGAGCCAAGAUCAAAGCAACAGCCACUUGUGGGGAGGAGGAAAGUGCCCCCGGACCCUGGGGGGGAGAAAUCCCCCCUCAGCCCAGGACGGACCUGUACUGUAAGCUGGUGGGAGGACCUACUGACUCUGUCAAUCCCGGGCACAGCAUACAGGGACAGUUUUGUGAUUUUUGUGAUGCUUCUGACCCUAAUAAAGCUCAUCCUGUUACUUACGCAAUUGAUGGGACAGAACGUUGGUGGCAGAGCCCUCCCUUAUCUUUGGGUCUGAAGUACAAUGAAGUAAAUAUCACCAUAGACCUUGAUCAGCUAUUUCAAGUUGCAUAUGUUCUUAUCAAAUUUGCUAAUUCUCCCCGGCCUGAUCUGUGGGUAUUAGAAAGAUCUGUUGAUUUUGGGAGGACCUAUUCACCAUGGCAAUAUUUUGCAAAUUCUAAAAUUGAUUGCUUGAACUACUUUGGAAAGGAGACCAAACAACCCAUUAUAAGAGAUGAUGAUGUCAUUUGUACUACGGAAUAUUCUCGUAUUGUUCCUCUUGAAAAUGGAGAGAUUGUGGUAUCACUGGUUAAUGGGCGUCCUGGUGCCAAACACUUCAUGGAUUCGCCUGUCUUGAGAGAAUUCACCAAAGCAACAAAUAUAAGACUGCGUUUUCUCAGAACCAAUACUCUGCUGGGUCAUCUCAUAUCUAAAGCUCAGAAAGAUCGAACUGUAACACGUCGAUACUAUUACAGUAUUAAAGACAUCAGCAUUGGCGGUCGCUGUGUUUGUCAUGGUCACUCAGAUGUUUGCACUUUAAGGCCUGGAAACCAAAACCUUUAUCAGUGUCAAUGCCAGCACAAUGCAUGUGGAGAAAUCUGUGAUCGCUGCUGUCCUGGAUAUAAUCAGAAGCCCUGGCAGCCUGCAACUGUUGACACAGCUAAUGAAUGUGAACCUUGUAACUGUCACGGUCAUGCCACUGACUGCUAUUAUGAUGCUGAUGUUGAUAAUCGUAAAGCAAGUCUAGACAUCUAUGGGAGAUACAGCGGAGGAGGAGUUUGCAUCAACUGCCAGCAUAACACAGCUGGCGUGAAUUGUGAGAGGUGUUUACUGGGGUUUUAUCGUCCCUAUGGGGUUCCUAAAGAAGCUCUUCAUGGAUGUAUACCUUGCAGGUGCAAUCCUGACCAAUCAAAUGGAUGUGAGGAAGGAUCAGGGAAAUGCUAUUGCAAGCCAAAUUAUAGUGGGAACUAUUGUGAGCGCUGUGCAGUAGGUUACUACAGCUUCCCAGACUGCAUACGAAUUCCAUUUUAUCCUCUUCCAACAUCAUCUCCAACAUCUGAAGGACCUGCUGCUGGAGACAUAGUAGGCUGCCAGUGUACAGGUGUAGGAGCAAUGAACAAUGACUGUGAUAUGAAGACAGGACACUGUUACUGCCGCACAGGGUUCCAGGGUGCAGCAUGCGAUAGAUGUGCCGUUGGUUACUUUCUUUAUCCUUUCUGUCAAAAAUGUGAAUGCCAUCCUGCCGGAGUUCUCCCUGAUGUAUGUGAUCCUGUUGGGAGAUGCCUGUGCCGUUUCAGUGCUGGAGGGGCACGAUGUGACCGAUGCAAUCCGGGUUACCACUCCUUUCCAAAGUGUGAAGAAUGCAACUGUGAUAUGUUUGGCUCCACUGGCCCAGCAUGUAAUUCUCAAGGGCAGUGUCGCUGUCGUGAAAACUAUGGUGGGCUAACUUGUAAUGAAUGUGCCUCUGGAUUUUAUAGUUUCCCCAACUGCUUACCUUGCCGAUGUUCAGAGCAUGGUGCCUAUUAUAACUCAUGUGACUCUGUAACAGGACAGUGUGAUUGUAGACCUGGAUUUACUGGGCAGACAUGUGACAGAUGUUCCUCCAGAUUAGAAAACUAUCCGUUUUGUCAAGCUUGCCGCUGUUCAGAGCAAGGCGCCUAUCACAGUACAUGUGACCCUGUAACAGGACAGUGUGAUUGUAGACCUGGAUUUGUUGGGCAGACAUGCGACAGGUGUUCCUCGGGAUUACAAAUCUAUCCACUCUGUCAAGGUUUCAAUGAUGAAUGUAAUCCUGCAGGUACCAUGGAUUCUCAAGGAGGCCAGUGUCAGUGUCUGCCACGCGUCGAAGGAUUAACCUGUAAUCGCUGCAAACCCUUGUACUGGAAUUUAGCCAGUGAAAAUCGUAAUGGCUGUACAGAUUGCAAAUGUGAAUUAAAGGGGACAAUUAGUGGAGUAGGAGAAUGCCAUCAGACUGAAGGGGAUUGUCACUGUAAGCCUAAUGUCUGCAGCACAUCAUGUGACACUUGCAAGGAUGGGUAUUUUUCCCUGGAAACAAGGAAUUAUUUUGGUUGUCAAGGUUGUCAGUGUGACGUGGGUGGAGCUGUCAGUCAUAUGUGUUCUGAGACUUCUGGGGCAUGUGUUUGCAGAAAUAAUAUUGAGGGCAACAACUGCAAUCAGCCUACAACAAACUACUACUUACCUGAUCUCCAUCAACUGAAAUAUGAAAUUGAGGAUGGUAUUACCCCUUCUGGAAGAGGAGUUCGGUUUGGGUAUGAUCCCCUCCAGUUUCCUGGCUUUAGUUGGAGAGGUUAUGCAGAGAUGACAUCCAUUCAAAAUGAAGUUAGAAUAUCAGUGAAUUUGGAAAAACCUAAUCUCUGUUUGUUUCAUAUUAUCCUAAAAUAUGUUAACCUUGGUUUACAAUCUGUUGCUGGGCGUAUUAGUGUUUAUCCAUCACACUCACCCAAUGGUUCUGCACAAGUCAGAGAUAUUGUGUUCCCAUCAAGCACAGAACCCGCAUUUAUUUCUUUAAUAGGAAAAGGGGUUGAUGAUGCCUUUUCUUUGACUCCUGGAAAUUGGUUAAUUAACAUCAUGGCAGAAGGCGUGCUCCUGGAUUACCUUGUGAUGCUACCCAGUGAAUACUACGAAGCCUCCCUAUUACAUAUUAGAGUUAAUAAGCCGUGCGCCAACACUGGGCUUGCUGGUGAAAACUGUUUAGUUUACCAGCAUUUGCCAGUGGAACGGUUUGCUUGUGCCUUUGGCACUGAGGGUAAAUCUUUCAAACAGAAUGGAAUAACUCGACCAAUUGUUGUCCGUCAGCCAAGUCCUGGACUCCCAUUGAUGGCAGAUCUUGCAGGAAGACAGGUGGAAUUUCAUUUGCAACUUAAUGUUCAGUGUGUUGGCUUCUAUGUACUUCUGAUAGAAUAUAUUAAUGAAGACACUCAGCAAUACGUAGCUAAUGUGAUAAUAAACAGUAAGCAAGCUCCUGUGUCCGAAGCAAAAGUGAACCUGUACAGCUGCAAAUACAGCUUCCCCUGCCGUAGUAUUGCAAUAGAUAAUAUGAACAGAAUUGCAGUGUUUGAGCUACAGACAGAUGUAGAGAUACAGCUAAUAGCAUCUUCAGUAAGCUUCCUGCUGCACAGAGUGUGCCUUGUUCCAGAAGAAGAUUUCUCAGUUGAAUAUGCAGAGCCUAAAGUGCAUUGCAUCGCUGCCUAUAGCACUACUUCCAGCCAACGCCCUUCUUGUAUCCGGUCUUCUAAUUAUGAAAAUCCACCAACAUCAUUAAUUCUGGAUGCUGUAAAAGAUUCAAAAGAUUCUGAUGUACAAAGGAAUGUUAUACAUGAUCCUGUCGGAAGUCCUUGGCACCAGUAUAGUGGGGUCCUGUUGAAAGCGCCUCAGAAUCAUAUAACCUUGAACAAAAGAUUACCAGUACCGGGAAGAUAUGUAUUUUUUGUGCAGUACUCUCAGCUACUGGACCCUACAUUCCCAGUGUCAGUUCUUGUAAACGGAGGAGACUAUUGGACAGGUUCAUUUAAUGCUUCAUUUUGUCCUCAUGUCUUCGGAUGCAGGGAGCUGGUUAUUACAAGGAAUCGCAUUACACUUGAUAUUAUUAACCCAGACGUAUUGGUGACUGUCACUGUUCCUCCACAGCACUCUCUGGUACUGGAAUACAUACUGGUAGUUCCAGCAGAUAGCUACACCCAUGAAAUUUUGCAUGAAAAACCAUUGGAUAUUUCAUUAAAUUUUAUCAACAUAUGUGGUGGAAACAGCUUUUAUAUUGAUCCUUUCAGUUCAUCUGAAUUCUGUACAGAUUCUGCAAAAUCAUUAUCAGCUUUUUAUAAUAAUGGAGCACUGCCAUGCAACUGCAAUGUAGAGGGGGCAACCAGCACAGUUUGUAAUCCUUUUGGAGGACAGUGCAACUGUAGACCUAAUAUUAUUGGACGACACUGCAGCAAUUGUGCUACUGGUUAUUAUGGAUUUCCACAUUGUAGACCAUGCAACUGUGGGCGUCGUCUGUGUGAUGAAGUCACUGGGAAAUGCAUUUGCCCACCUCAGACAGUAAGGCCUAAUUGUGAAGUCUGCGAAAAACAGUCCUUUAGCUACCACCCCAUUGUGGGAUGUGAAAGAUGUAAUUGUUCCAGACCAGGAAUAGUGAGGCCAACACAAGCAGAAUGUGAUGAAACCAGUGGUCAAUGCAAGUGUAAAUCAAGAAUAACGGGCAGGAGGUGUGAUCGCUGCUCACCAGGGUACUAUCGAUAUCCUGACUGUAUUCCCUGUGACUGCCACACUGAUGGGACAGAACCUGACAUCUGCGACCCUGACACUGGGGCUUGUCUUUGCAAGAAAAAUGUAGAGGGCUUAAAGUGUGAUGUCUGCAGAAAAGGAUCUUUUUACUUAGAGCUUUCUAAUCAAAAGGGAUGCACUACUUGCUUUUGCUUUCAAGUGACAGAUAAUUGCCUCUCGUCUAAUAAACACAGGAAGAAGUUUGUAGAGAUGAGAUCAUGGGGACUAGAGACACUGGAUCAGGCUAGAAUAGCCACUACCUACAAUCCAUUCAGUAACAGUAUUGUAGCUGAUGUCCAGGAGCUGCCACUGCCAGUGCAAUCUCUAUACUGGUUAGCACCAGAGUCGUACUUAGGAAAUAAGAUGGCUUCCUAUGGGGGCUUUCUGACCUACCAGCUGAAGUCGUUCGGGUUGCCGAGUGAAGGCAUGGUCCUGCUGAGCAAGCGGCCAGAGGUUAUACUAACAGGCAGGCAGAUGACUAUUGCUUAUAUGGAUCCAAUUAACCCAUUGCCAGACAGGUUGUACUAUGGGCGAGUGAAGCUUGUGGAGGGAAACUUCAGGCACGCAAAUAGUAACAGCGCUGUGUCUAGAGAAGAGCUUAUGCUGGUCUUGUCCAGACUGGAAAGUCUGCACAUCCGUGCCUUGUACUUCAGUGAGACUCAGCGCCUCACCCUAGGAGAGGUUGGGCUGGAGGACGUCACUUUCUCAGGAAGUGGGAGAAUUGCAUCCAGUGUGGAGAUAUGUUCCUGCCCACCACAAUAUGCAGGUGACUCAUGCCAGGAAUGUGCUCCUGGGUACUAUCGGGACAAUCAAGGUUCAUUCCUGGGAAGAUGUGUCCCAUGCAGAUGUAAUGGACAUUCAAGUAGAUGUCAAGAUGGCUCAGGGAUAUGUAUUAACUGCCAGCAAAACACUGCAGGGGACAACUGUGAGCUGUGUAAAGAAGGCUUCACUGGCAACGCAAGCCUUGGGACAUGCCGCAUAUGCCCAUGCCCACUCUCUGUGCCCUCAAACAGCUUUGCAACAGGAUGUGUUGGAACCGGCAGGAACAUGAAAUGCUUCUGCAAACCUGGCUACACAGGAGUGAGCUGUGAAAGAUGUGCACCAGGAUUUUAUGGGAAUCCAUUAAAGUUUGGAAGUAGUUGUCAACCAUGCAGCUGUGGCAAUAAUGGUCAACAGAGGAGCUGUGAUUCACUAACUGGAGAAUGCUUUGAUGAGGAACCAAAGGAUGAUGGCGAGGAUACUGAAUCAUGUGACAGCUGUGUUAACAUUCUUCUAACGGAUUUGACCACCAUGAGCAAUGAACUCAACCUUAUUAAGUCCAAAUUGCAGAAUAUGGGCGUAAGCAACCAGGCCUUGGAGCAGAUGAGAGCACUAGAAGGGCGUAUCAGGGAAGUCAAGUCACAGUAUGAUAGUUACAACAGUAAACUCUUGAAUCAACGAACUAAGGUGGACAGGUUAGGUGUUGACACAGAUGGUCUCAAGCAAGAAAUAACGGCUCUCCUGGAAAAGGCUGAUCUAAAUGCUAAGAAGUACGAAGCAAUAUCAAUGAGCGCUGAGGGCACCUUUCGCAAUGCCAGCCAGUUGCUCCUGACAAUAGAACUUCUCACGAGGAACAUUAACAUGCUGGUACAAGACAUCAGUAAUGAGGGAGGAUCACCUUCUGGCGACAUCACAAAAAAUAUGGCCGAAGCUCAGCGCAUGUUAAAUGAAAUGAGGAAACGCAACUUCAAAACACAGAAAACACAAGCAGAACUUGAGAAAGCUGAGGCACAGGCUUUGCUCAACCGUGUGAGAAAUCAGUUUCAGAAGCACCAGGAUCAACACAAGGACCUAAUAAAAGACAUAACUAAGUCCAUAAAUGAUUAUGAAGCUAAACUUAAUGACCUCCGUGAUGUAUUAGAUGAAGCAUCUGAAAAAACGAAGCAGGCAAAUAAUAUAAAUAAAGACAAUGCAGCAACGCUGGAAAAUAUCAAGAAAACCGUUAAAGAUCUGAGCAAGCAGCAGAAGGACGCAAGCAGCCACCUGAAUGCAGCGGAGACAAGCCUGGCACAGACUGGCAGUAUGCUACAGCUCCUGCAGAAAAGCAAGGAGGAAUAUGAAAAGUUGGCUGCACAGCUGGAUGGAGCAAAGCAGGAGCUGAAUGAGAAAGUAAGUCAACUCUCUAAGGCUGCCAGUAAAGAACCGCUGGUCAUUAUGGCUGAAGAACAUGCAGCAAAUCUGCAGAGACUAGCAAAUCAGCUGACUGAAAUCAAAAGAAAUGCCAGCAGUGACGAACUGGUGCAGAGUGCGGUGGGUGCUGCUAAUGCUUAUGAAAACAUCAUAAACGCUGUGAAUGCUGCAGAUGAAGCUGCAAAGAAAGCAAAGGAGGCUGCUGACUCUGCUUUUAAUAAAGUGCAAAGUGAAGACUUACCUGGAAAAGCCAAAUCAUCUAGGACGGAGUCAGAAUCACUUCUUGAGCAGGCCAAGAAAACCCAAAAAUCACUACAAGAUUUAAAUCCAGAAAUUGAGGAUAUCAAGGAUAGGCUUGUUGAAGCCAAAGAAAAGAAGAAUGGAUUAUCUGGGGAUCUCAAAGCUCUACAAAAUAGUAUAAAUGAUAUUAAAAGAGAUGAUAUAGACUCCAUGAUCAAAAAUGCUAAGGACAUGGUUAAUAACGCCAACACAAUUACCGAUAAUGUCCAGAAUGAAUUAAAGCCUAUUAAGGAUGAUGUGGACAAUUUAAAGGGUACGAUUGGGUCUACUCAAAGUGCUGAUUUCAAUGAGGCUUUGAAUGAUGCAAGUAAUUCUGUAAAAAACUUAACAAACCAACUUCCGGAUCUCUUUGACGCUAUAAAUCGCAUCAAUGAGCUGAUGCCAUUAGGAAAUAUCUCAGAAAAUGUGAACCGUAUAAGAGAGCUCAUUCAGCAGGCCCGGGACGCUGCAAAUAAGGUUGCUGUUCCCAUGCGGUUUGAUGGCAAUUCUGGGGUUGAAGUACGACCUCCAAGUAACCUUGAAGAUUUAAAAGCCUACACGUCCUUUUCAUUGCUUAUCCAAAGGCCACAAAGCCGAAGUGACCGCCGAAAGCGACAGUUGUCCGCAAAUAUGUUUGUCAUGUAUUUUGGUAAUAAGGAUACUUCAAAGGAUUACAUAGGCCUUGCUGUGAGAGAUGGCAGGCUUGUGUGUGUCUAUAAUCUGGGAGGCAAUGAGAGAGAAAUAGAAGUGGAGCAAUUCCUCACAUCAAGCAAUCCGGAAGAUGCCACCAUGGAUAGAGUUACAUUUGAAAGGAUCUAUCAAUAUGCCAAACUGGACUAUAUAAAAUCAGCCACAUUAAGACCAUCAUCUAAGGAUUAUACAAUAGAAGUGCCAAGAUACACCCUUCUUGACCUAGAUCCGGACAAUAUUGUGUUUUAUGUUGGAGGUUAUCCACCAGAAUUUAGACCUCCAUCCGGAUUGAAUUAUGUCAAAUACCAGGGCUGUAUUGAGUUAGAGGAUUUCAACCAAAAUGUCGCCAGCCUGUAUAAUUUCAAAAGAACUUUCAAUAUCAAUACAACACAAGUAGAGCCGUGCAGACGACGCAAAGAAGAAUCUGACACCAUUUUCUUUGAGGGUACGGGAUAUGCAAAGAUAGCAACAACUCAAACUCCGAUCAAUAACCUGCGAUUUGAACAAACUAUUCAGACAACUGUAGAUAAUGGCUUGUUGUUCUUUGUUGAAGACGGGGACAAUUACAUUUGUUUAAGCAUUGAAAAUGGUAAAUUUGUGCUUAAAUACAAAAUGAAUUCAGACUCAGUGCAAGAAAUAAAAAGCAAAGAAAACCGUAUAAAUGAUAAUAAGCAGCAUUUGGUUAUGGUGCAGUUCUUAGUGAGGCAAAAGUGGAUAUUAAUUACUGAUCAGUCUAUCCAAAUAAAUGCCACUAAUGUGCAGGUCCCAGACUUCACUACCUACUUCCUGGGUGGAAUUCCUUCAUCCAUUAGAGAAAAGUUUAAUAUCAAAACUCCUCCUUUUCGUGGCUGUGUUAAAAACGUGAAGACCCCUGUGAGCUCAGCUAAAUUUAUAGACACCUAUGGUGUUAGCCAGCGGUGCCCUGACAAUUGGCAAAUUGUCCGCUCAGCUGAAUUUUCUCAAGGUGGAAUACUUGAACUGAACUCAAACCGCUUUACAUUCCCAAAUAACUUUCAGGCAGCAUUUGGAUUUCAGACACCUGAAAUAAAUGGCAUUUUGUUCAAGCAUAUAACGCAGUCUGAUGAUAUACAGAUUUCUCUAGAAGAAGGAAAUGUGUUAGUAAAAACACGCAACAGCAGGCUGAGAUCUCAGGACAAGUACACGGAUGGAAAGCUGCACUAUGUGUCUGUGAUAAGAAAGGAUGACAAAUUUAGUCUCUUAGUCGAUGAUAAAGAAGUGUCAGAGAAUGUUGGAUCUCCACUUCCAUCUGGAAAUUCUGCUGGUAACAUAUAUUUUGGUGGAAACGAUUUUGAAGGUUGUGUCUCCAAUGUUUUCAUACAGAGGGCAUCACAAAGUCCUUCUGUACAGGACCUAUUUGAUAAUAUUAAAAAAGAAAAAGUUUCAAUUGGAACUUGCACCAUAGAGGAUGAUCCGUUGCCAUUAAUAUUAAAUGACUAUAGAAGUGCUUACAGCUUCAGAUUGCAAGACAGUGACAUGAGUUUUAUGGAAGAGCUAAAUAGUUUAUUUGACAAUAAAGAUCUACAAGACAGACACAACUGCAGAGCUUUCUCAAAUCUCACUGCCACAGAGGGAUCUUAUCAGUUUGGUGACUCUCCAGCAAGUCACUUGGUUUACACACUGAGUAAGCAGCUUUUGAAAGACAGGUCACAUUUCUCACUGGAUGUGCGCACAGCUGAAUCUGAAGGCUUGAUAUUCUUGAUGCGAGAUAAACAAGAGACCAGUCACCUAGCGCUUCAUAUUUCGAAGGGCCGUUUUGUCUUUUCACUGGGUUCCAGAGGGAACAAACUAAAAAUAAGAAGCCGAGACAAAUACAAUGAUGGAAAAUGGCAUACAGUCAUGUUUAGCUGGGAUGGGCUCAAUGGACGACUUGUUAUAGAUGGUCUGAAAACUCGUAAGGGAAAUUCAACAAAAAUCUUCAGUCUAGAAAAGAUGUCCACUAUCUCCCUUGGCGGAGCCCCAUCAUCAAAAUCUCAGGGUAUACCAAAGAAAAGCUUUGCUGGCUGCAUGAAAAAUGUAAAAAUAAAUGGCGCCAUAUUGGGAAGUCCAUCGCAAAGCACUGGCGUCACCCCGUGCUAUGAAGGAUCUUUUGAAACAGGAGUAUUUUUUGCUCAGGAGGCCGGACAUAUUGUUAUAGAUAAACAUUUUACUUCGGGACUGGAUUUUGAAUUGGUUAUGGAUAUUCGACCACAAAGCCUGACAAGUGUCCUGCUAUACACUGGCAUUGUCACUGGAAAUCAGAUGAGCCUUUAUAUGGAUGCUGGGAAGUUAACUCUUUCUGUGAACACCGGUGACAAAGAGAACCUGGCCUCAGUUACAUCUCUAAAAUCCUUAUGUGAUGGCAUGUGGCAUACAGUAACAGUGACCAAGAAGCAAAAUGCUGUACAAUUAAAAGUUGACAAUGAGUCACAAGAAGCUGUUGGACCAACUUCUGUGCUGAAUGUCACUACUGCAGCACCACUGUUUAUUGGAGGAAUUCCAGCUGCCCUGGAAACACCAUGGCUCCCUGUGAAGAACUCCUUUGCUGGCUGCAUGAGGAACAUAAAAGUCAAUAGGAAUCUUCUAUCCCUCAGUAAAGUUUCUGAGAUCCAUGGUGCUAUCAGCUUAAGCAGAUGUCCUGCCGCUUAGCUGACAUGUAAAAGUCACGUAUACAUUAAAAGGAUGAGCACAUUGAUGUGCAUCUAAGGACUACUGCUGUGCAGACGUGUUGCUGUCUGAGAACUGGCAAUUGUCUUCUUCUAAAUUGUACAAAUUAACAUUUUUUUAAAUGAAGAUUCUGCACAUUUUAUCUGAAUAAAUGGGCUACUGUUUUUUUCUGGUUUAUUUAACAACACAUUUAUGUCUAACAAAUAAAGCCCUUAAAGAACGUGA